AUGGGAAUUAAGCACUCGUCCCGCUGCAUGCUCCUCAGGAGAAAGAUGGCGGAAUCUGAAAGCAUGGAGCAACCUCAGCCACAGCCACAGCCUGUCCGUAUAAUUCCAUCCCAGUCGGCACAGCCCACCUCGUUGCCCAAGCCUGUGCCUUCCAUCCAGCAUGGAACGCGGCCUCCACUCCCGCCACACACGCCACAUGCUGCCAGCCUCUCCAGCUGUCCUGGCCGGGGCAAGAUGUCCAAGUUCCUUAACCCGGAGGAGAUGACCUCAAGAGACUACUACUUCGACUCUUAUGCCCACUUUGGUAUCCAUGAGGAGAUGCUGAAGGACGAAGUGAGGACGCUCACCUACAGGAACUCCAUGUACCACAAUAAGCACGUGUUUAAGGACAAAAUAGUGUUGGACGUCGGGAGCGGGACUGGGAUCUUGUCCAUGUUUGCGGCCAAAGCGGGGGCAAAGCAUGUGUACGGGAUUGAAUGUUCCAGUAUAUCAGAGUACUCAGAGAGGAUCAUCAAGUCCAACCACCUCCACAGUGUGAUCACCAUCUUCAGAGGUAAGGUGGAGGAGGUGGAACUUCCUGUAGAGAAGGUUGAUAUCAUCAUAUCGGAGUGGAUGGGCUACUGCCUCUUCUAUGAAUCAAUGCUCAACACUGUCAUCUUUGCCAGGGACAAGUGGCUGAAACCCGGUGGAUUAAUGUUUCCUGACCGCGCCUCUCUGUAUGUGGUGGCCAUAGAAGACAGGCAGUAUAAAGACUUCAAAAUACAUUGGUGGGAGAAUGUGUAUGGCUUUGACAUGACCUGUAUCCGCAAUGUGGCCAUGAAGGAACCACUGGUGGAUAUCGUGGACUCCAAACAGGUGGUGACCAACUCCUGCCUGGUCAAGGAGGUGGACAUCUACACGGUAAAGACUGAGGACCUCUCAUUCACCUCAUCGUUCUGCCUGCAGAUCCAGAGGAAUGACUACAUUCAUGCACUGGUCACUUACUUUAACAUUGAGUUCACCAAGUGUCACAAGAAGACCGGUUUCUCCACUGCUCCUGAUGCUCCAUACACCCACUGGAAGCAGACAGUGUUUUACCUGGAGGACUAUUUGACAGUGCGAAGAGGAGAGGAGAUCACUGGCAGCAUUGCUAUGAAGCCCAAUGAGAAAAACAUUCGUGACUUGGACUUUACCUUCGAGCUGGAUUUCAAAGGACAGUUGUGUGAAGCAGCCAUAUCCCACGACUACAAGAUGCGUUAA